AUGAAAUACUGGCUUGGGCAACAAAAUCAUGAAAUUGAAGUAGAAAAAGGAAGAAUUCGUAGACUUGCCAAAUUUCCAAUUUACGAAAAGGUUGAAGUGAAUGACGAUCAUCAUGACAAUCUUUGGAGAUUUAUGAGGACAUCAAUAGGUAUCAAAAAAAUCGGGGAAGAAUUUGAAAAAUUUCUAAUUGACGGAAAUGGAAUACCUAUAGAACACUUUAUUCGAUUCGAUGGAGAAACACUAGAACCUCAACCCGUGAGACCAGGAGAAUACCCUGGUGAAUCAUUCACGUCAAAAGAUACCAACCCCAUAAAGGCUGCCAUUGAUCGAUUUCAUUGGGAAACACAAUCUCAAUAAUUAUUAAAUAUCUUACAUCAAAGUUAUUACUCAUAUUGUGUGAACAUUUUACUCCGUAAAAGUAUUGUAAUAGUAAUUGAGAUUAUAAGAAUUAUAAAUAAAUAUUG